UAAAGAAGGUUGCCAAAAAAUUAAAGAGUUUGUGGAGGGGGAAGUUAGUAAGGAUUUACAAAAACAUGCCCGAAAACUUGCUACUGAAAGUGACAUGGCUCGGCAUGACCUUACAGCUCUUAAUGAACAAUUAAUAGGAAACGAAAUUGGUGAGGAUUAUGAAUCAUCCUCGGAUUGUUGCGAAGAUACACCUAUUCC